AUGAGCAAGGAAAACUUGAAGAUAAUUAGAUAAUCUGAAUUAAUUUAAAGUACUGUAAUAUGGACUCAUAAGAAUUUGUUCCUUCGUUAUUGUCAAUCUUCAAAUUAUUAUUACUCAAGAGAUGUAAAUGAAAUUCUUGCUGAAGCUUCAUCAAAAGCAGUAAUUAGAUAUAAGGAUUGGUAUAGUUAUGAUGAUGAUGUAAGUUUAAUAAUCAUAAUAAGGAUGAAUACCUAAAAAGAUACUAUUUUAAAGAUGAAUAUACAUAGAAGGUCCAGUUGUUAACUGAAUACUAUAAAGUAAAAUUAAUCAUAUAAAAGAGUUUCAUACAGAUAUUGCAAGAUUGUUUAUGGAACCAAUUGCAAUCUUACUAAAUAAAUACUACGAUAAGAAACGUAAAUAUGAGUACUAUAGGAUUUCUCGUUUGAUUGAAGAAGAGAAUAAGAAAAAUCCUAAUAAACCUCCAAAAGGUAUUGUAGGUGAAAGACCAUCACCUGCAAAUUCUUAAGAAACUUAAAAAGAAGAAGAAUCACCAACAGAGACAAGAAGAAUCAGAAAUAUUUAAAUUUUGAAAGACUUGAGUUGGUUAAAUAAAUCAAGAUUAUAAAAUAAAUAGAAAAUUGAUAUUUCAUGUACACUACAAGAAAUUUGCAAACAUUUAAGUAAUUAAGCAUUUGAACAAUCUUCUCUUUUUAUUUAGACAGGUAAAACAGAAGAGUUGAAAUUAGAUAAGUUUUUAAACUAUAUCAAUUAAUAAAUUAAGAAAACCUAAAUUAAAAGUGAUUCUGAAAAAUAUAAAAAGAAAUUAAAUCAUCCACAUGAAUAAUUAAUUUAAACUUUGAUUUUAAAAUAAUAAGAUUAAUCUAAAUCAAAAUUUGGUUCUCAACACUCUAAAUAAAAUACAGAGUUAUUACUUUAAAUGAAUAAAUUUUCAAAAGAUAUUAAUGUUAAUUUUAUGAGAAAUUAAGUCGAUUCUAUCUUUACAAAUAAAUAAUAAUGUAAUGACAAUCAUUAAAAUCUUACAAGAGUUGAUCAAAAUCAAUAACAAAAAUAAUAAUCUAAUCUUAAAUCUAAGACUAUUAUUUAAAAUUAACCAAAGAUUUCAAAAUAACUUUUCCUAAAAGAUCUAAAGAAGAAUGUAUUAUCUAUUCCUUAAUUAUCCAACAAUUGUAAUUCUAAUAAUAUCCCAUCUCCCUCCACUCAUUAAAAAUCAUAACUCAAUAUUGGUAUAUAUAUAUCUUUAUUAUUCUUAUUAGGCAAAUUAAAUUUAAAAUAAAUAUCUAAAAUAAUGAUUGAAGAAGAACCUACAGAAUAAGAAUUAAAAUGGAAAAAUGGAUCUUAAACUCAUAGACCUCUCUCUGGAACUUAAAAUUUCUUUUCUAAUAGAAACAGUCCAACUAUUUCUAGAGGUACAUAAAAUGAUAUCAAAAUUAAUAAAAUCAAAUAAACGCCUACUUCAUCUUAAUAAACAAACUCAAAAACAACUAAAUAAACAGGUUCUACAACAAAUAGAAAAUCUUCUCAACCUAAUAUUCAUAUUCGAUAUACAUCUAAUUAGGAUAAAGUCAUUAAUAUCAACAUUAAUAUUAAUGAUAAUCCAGAACUCUAAAAAUGUAAGUUUUCUAUUUAUUCAUUAGAAUAAUAGCAGAAGCAUAAAAAAAAUUAAUCUGAAGGAAAACCUCUCCAAUUAAAUACAAAUCUACCUGAUAAUUAAUAAGAAUAUGUUUGCUUAACUGAUAGAGGUGGUGCUAGUGAAUUUCUAUUUAAAAAUAGCAUUGCUGCAUCUUGUCAAAAUUCACCAAACACAUCUAAAAUAAAAAGAGUUAACAGUGGAACCACAACUUUAAAAUGCUCUAUGAGUACUAAAAAUUCUUUGAUACAAUAAAUGAUAUCUUAAGUUAGUAAGCAAUAGCAAAAAUAAGAACUUCUUUCCUCUUAGUUUAGAAAAAUUAAUUGA